GCGCGUGCUCGGUGGUGGCUCCGCCCCCUCGCGGCGGGCCGCGAUCCCCAUGCUGCCCGCACGCCUGGCGGGGAGGCUGCUGGGCCCCGUGGUGCGGUGGUCCGCGCCUGCGGUGCGGCUCCUGCGGACGGGAUGCGCGGCCGCCGCCGCCGCCUCCCAGCCCCCGUCGGGCCUGCGGCGGGCGCUCCCUCAAGGCCCCGCCGCGCCCGGGGACGACACCGAGGAGCGUUUCCUGUUCCCCGAGUACACCCCGGAGCCGGAGCCCCCGCCGACGCCUGAGGAGCUGCUGCGGGCGCUGCGGGAGCGGGAGCAGGAGCAGGAGGAGCAGGCGCGGCGCCGGGCGGAGCGGCGGCAGGCGCGGGCCAGCCUCCGCGCGCCCCCGGCCGCGGGCCGCCCGGACCCGGCGGUGCCGCCCAGCGGCCUGCCCUGCUCGGGCUGCGGGGCGGAGCUCCACUGCCGGGACCCCGGCGUGCCCGGCUACCUGCCCAGCGAGAAGUUCGCCCGCGCCGCGCAGGACGGCCAGCUGGCGCGCGCCGUGUGCCAGCGCUGCUGGCUGCUGGUGCACCACCGGCGCGCCCUGCGGCUGCGCGUGAGCCGCGCGCAGUACCUGCAGCAGGUGAGCGCGGCGCUGCGGCGGCCCGGGCCCGCGCUGGUGCUCUACCUGCUGGACCUGCUGGACCUGCCCGACCCGCUGCUGCGCCACCUCCCCGCGCUGGUGGGCCCCAAGCAGCUGAUCGUGCUGGGGAACAAGGUGGACCUGCUGCCGCAGGACGCGCCUGACUACCGGCGGCGGCUCCGCCAGCGGCUGUGGGACGAGUGCGUGCGCGCCGGGCUGCUGCCGGCGCCGGGCCACCGAGGGCCGCAGCCCGGCGCCGGCGGGGACGAGGAGCAGAGCGCGUCCCGCACGGUGGUCAGGGACGUGCGGCUGGUCAGCGCCAAGACCGGCUAUGGGGUGGAGGAGCUGAUCUCGGCGCUGCAGCGCGCCUGGCGCUACCGCGGCGACGUCUACCUGGUGGGCGCCACCAACGCCGGCAAGUCCACGCUGUUCAACACGCUGCUGGAGUCCGACUACUGCACCGCCAAGGGCGCCGAGGCCAUCGACAAGGCCACCAUCUCGCCGUGGCCGGGUACUACGUUAAACCUUCUCAAGUUCCCCAUCUGCAACCCAACUCCCUACAGAAUGUUUGAAAGACAAAAAAGACUUAAAGAGGACGCGGCCAAAGCUGAAGAAGAGCUCAGUGAGCAGGAACAGAAUCGGCUCCGGCUCCUGAAAAGACGUGGAUACGUAGUGGGAAGAGUUGGAAGAACAUUCUUGUAUUCAAAGGAGCAGAAGGGUGAAGCUGCCUUUGAGUUUGAUGCGGAUUCACUGGCCUUUGACAUGGAAAAUGAACCUGUGCUGACUCCAGACAAAUCCACCAAGCGAGUGGAAUUGACUCCACAGGACGUGAAAGAUGCCCACUGGUUCUAUGACACCCCUGGGAUUUCAAAAGAAAAUUGUAUUUUAAAUCUUCUGACAGAAAAAGAAGUAAAUAUUGUUUUGCCAACACAGUCCAUUAUCCCAAGAACCUUUGUGCUUAAACCAGGGAUGGUCCUCUUUUUGGGUGCUAUAGGCCGAUUAGAUUUCCUGCAGGGAAAGGAGUCAGCUUGGUUUACCGUCGUGGCUUCCAACUUCCUCCCCGUGCAUGUCACUUACUUGGACAGGGCAGAUGCCUUGUAUCAGAAGCACGCGGGACACACGUUGCUACAGGUUCCGAUGGGCGGAGAAGAGCGAAUGACAGAAUUCCCCCCUCUGGUUGGUGAAGACAUUACUUUAAAAGAAGGACUUGGAUCUGAAGCAGUGGCAGACAUCAAGUUUUCCUCUGCAGGUUGGGUCGCAGUGACACCUCACCUGCACGACACGCUCCACCUCCGAGGCUACACGCCUCAAGGGACAGUUCUGACAGUCCGGCCCCCUCUCUUGCCACAUAUCGUGAACGUCAAAGGAGAGCGCAUCAGAAGAAGUGUGGCCUAUAAAACCAAGAAGCCACCCUCCCUUGUGUGCAAUCUGCAGAAGAAGAAAAACAAAUAACUACACGAGGCUGGCCUCGUUUGCACUGGGUGUUUGCUCACUGAACCUGACAGUGUAUACUCAUGUGGCUGGCACCGCGGUGUAGGGAGUUAAGCCACCGCCUGCAGAGCCAGCAUCCUAUAUGAACACCAGUUCAGGUCCCAGCUGCUCCACUUCCAAUCUAGCUCCCUGGUAAUGUGCCUGGGAAAGCCUGGCCCAGCCCUGGUCAUUGUGGCCAUCUGGGGAGUGAAUCAGCAGAUGGAAGACCUCACUCUCUCUCUCUCUCUGCCUUUCAAAUAAAUCUUUAAAAACAA